GGGCAGGGGUGUCUGAGGAGGAGUUCUGGGAUUCCAGCAUCCUGGGCCCGUUACAGAGGACUGGGUUCAGGAGAAUCAGGAAGACAAGGCACAGAGGAAAGGAAGAGAGGGCCACAGGGUGAAGGGGGUGAGGAGCACACCUCCUGCAAGCUGCCAGGGCCAGGGGGAGCCUUGACUUGGAAUCCACAGCAUCAAGAAGUUGGAGAUGUGAGGAGCAGGGCCACAGGGGAAGUCACCGUGGGCAGGGCAGGGGAUGGCUGACAAGGCUGACCUCACCAUGCAGCCCAAGGUGUGUAGAGUCAGCUGCCUGGAAGCCACUCUGGUCUCAGACCUGUGGGUUGCGGCUGCAGGUACAUAGGACAGGACAGAGGCAGCAGGGACUCCUGUACCCGUCAUUCACAAAACGCUUUUAUUGAUGGUUUGCCAUGUGCUGAGCCCUCAGAAUCUAGAAGUAACUCUAGACACUGGAACAGCCUCCUGAGGAAAAUUAAGUCUGCUCCCAGACUAUAAAGUCGUCCUGCCUUGGGCCUGGGCCACCCUCGGUGCCAAUCUGUGGGACUUGAUUUCCAUGACACAGCCAUGCUCUCUGGUCUGCACAGGCCGGGUGUCAGGGCAGCUAGGCACAGCGACAAGCACCCCCCACCCCCACCCCAAGGAGUGGGGGGGCUGUCCUGGCUGCAACCCUGAUAUCAGGUGGCUGGGCUGGUGGGAAGCAGUGGGGUCAGGAGGGGAGGGGGCCGGGAGCGUUAUUUGGCUCAUCGCAGGUGUACUAAGGUUUCGCUAGCUGACUCCAAGGGGCAGCAGACAAUCACCGCAUUGUCACCAGGGCUGCAGCAUGGAGCAGAGGCACUGCUGUGAGGAGAGCCCCAGGCCCAGGCCUGUCCAGGUGAAGACUAAGCACUGCCAUGGGGGCUGGAGAGCCACUGGCCUGCUGCUACUGCUAGCACUGGCCGCUGCUGGGGCUGUGGCUGGAGGGCUUCUUGGCUUCACGCACAGUCCUCCCAAGCCUCUGCUACAGAUGCUCCGUCUGACCCUCCCAAGCCCUGGGGCAACCUGGCCCAACCAAACUGCCCAGGUGGAUGCGGCCCGGGACGUGGCAACCAUCUGGGUGACCUCAGUGAAGAGCAACCACAGCUGGGCAGUGCUGUUCGAUGGGCCGAGCGUGAGUGGGUUGGGGGUGUGGUCAGCACCCACAGGUGUUGGGGUGGCCCUGACUCACCGGCCUGCCUCCCCAGGGCUGCGUCUGUUACCGGCCCCUGGAACACCAGGCCUGCUUCCUCCGCCUGAUGGAGCCCCGAGAUCGCAAGACCCUACAGCUGCUGGUGAACACCUCAAGGGUAAGCAGCCCCAUGCGGCCAGGCUCCCCACGGUCAGGGGCCAGACAAAGGGUCCUGUGUACGGCCCAGGCCUGGGGCGGGCUGGAGCUCUGGUUUCAAGGAACAGAAGUUCUGUCUUCCCUUGGCUGAGUCUGCUAAGAGUGGAGCGUGCCGCUGGCAUUGGGCCAGCACAUCCAGGGGGAACGCAAACGCCCCUGUGCCGCGGCCCACCAGAGCCUUCUCCGCAGGCUCAAGGGUCUCACGGCCCCAGCCACGACACCCACCAUGCCCAGGAGCUGCUGGCAGUGCUGGGGAACCACGAGGUGGACCCUGCCCUGGUGGGGGAUUCGGUGCGGCACCUUUGCACGAAAACUCCCAUUUACUGGGCCCGUCGAGCAGAGGGUCCCCGGAGGCAGCGGCUGAUCUACCUGUGCAUCGACAUCUGCUUCCCCAGCAACAUCUGCGUGUCGGUCUGCUUUUAUUACCUCCCAGACUAAGUUCCAGCCUGCCCAGCCCCACAGGCCAGCCAGCUGGCCAGCCCCGUCACCGGUCACAGAGGGUGGCUGGCAGCGGGGUCUAAUAAACCCUCCAUCUGGCCGUGA